GGAAACGUAGUUUUCCAUAUUCUAUUGCUUUCUUUGUAGUUUCUUUGGAAAUUACUCUGAAAGGAGGAUUAAAAAGCGGCGAGAAACAAUAUAAAGCAAGAGGAAUUUGCAGGAAAAAGACAACGGCACCACUAUGGCAGACAUAAUCAUAUCUGGGGACAAAGAAAAGUCGAUGUAUUUGACACAAAUCAAAUAUCUGGAGGAGCAGCUGGAGAGAUGUCAGCUUGAAUCUGACGAGUUUGAGAAAAAGAACAAGGACCUUGCCUCUCAGUACUGUGUGCUGCAGAAGGACAAGGCAGACACCACUGAGUACCUGAAACGCUCAGUGGCUGCAAAAGAGGGGACGGUGGAUGAGUUGACAGAGCAGAUAAAGAGUCAGCAGCAGGCUGCUGAACAGGACAGAGACUCCCUGAAGCUGCAGCACAGCCGGCAGAUGAAGGAGCUGCAGGACCAGAUUGAUGAGCAGAACUCAGGGAUUAGGAUGCAGGCUGCAAAAUUUGCAGAGCUUCAGAAGAAGAAGAAGCUGCUGACGAAGAUGGUGUCCAACAUAGAGCCUCUGAAGAAAAAGCUGGUCAGUCAGAGGGAAGAGCAUGAAGCUGCCAUCUACAGAGUGAUGAAAGAAGCAGAGUCGGACAUGACAAAUGUGAUUGAAAAGGAACAAAUCAGAGUGGACGCGUGCAUUGAGAGGAAGGCCUCAGAGGUUCUUCACAAGGAGAGAGCUGUUCACAUUGAGCGACUGCAACAGCUCCCGUUCUUGCUGGAUGAAAUCUUGACCCUGACGAAGGAGAAAGAUGUUCUGCAAGACAAACAGAGGGAUCUUAUGUCUGAGAGGGACAUUCUAAAUGACGAGUCCGACAAGAUUACCCAAGAGAGCCUCACCUGCAAGAAGGAGAUGAAACAGCAAGAGAAGAUAUUCCAGCAGCUCAGGGGGGAGCUAAAGAACCUCACCACUGCCUAUGAGAGGAUACGGGCUGAAGAAGACGCUAUCAAAUGGAGUCUGGCCUCAGUGACCAAGCAGAGCUCUCAAAAAACAGCUGAGGCAGGUCAGCUGAGGGCUGAGCUCCAGAGGGAGAGCAGGAGGAUUAGGCGGCUGGAAGAUGUCAUGCAGGAAGCAGACAUCAUUCUCAGACACAUCCUGAUGGACUCAGAGAAGUCGUCUGAGACUGAGCAGAAGUUAAUGAGGCUGCUGGAGAUCCUGGAGAGCACCGUCAUUCAGGGAACAUGAUCCAGUGUCAAAGACUUUCCUGAGAAGAGCAGUGAAGGAUGGAAAUCGCUGACCACUGACUUCAUGAAACUCUGCUGCCAGAGGACACCCAGCUCUGUAGAUCUGUU